UGAUAAAUGAAACACCUUUUGGUAUGGAAGCUGUACUACUUAACUCCUCGGCAGUUUUCUUAAAAUGGCGGGCGCCACCAAUGAAACCACAGCAUGGCAUUUUACUUUACUAUCACGUGAUUGUGCGUGGCAUUGAUACCGCACACAAUUUUUCACGUAUACUCACGAAUGUGACCAUAGACUCUGCCUCGCCGACACUGGUGUUGGCCAACUUAACCGAGGGUGUUAUGUAUACAGUGGGCGUGGCAGCUGGUAAUAACGCGGGAAUUGGACCUUACUGCUCACCGGCUACAUUACGAUUAGAUCCAAUAACUAAACGUUUGGAUCCGUUCAUUAAUCAGCGCUAUCCCAUCAAUCAGGAUCAUGUCGAUGAUGUGCUCACACAGCCUUGGUUCAUCAUACUACUCGGCGCAUUCUUGGCCAUGAUGAUGCUCUCACUCGGCGCUAUGGUGCUCAUCAAACGCAAGCAUAUGAUGAUGAAACAGUCCGCGUUGAGUACAAUCAGAGGCGCUCACCCAAAUGAUGUUCUCAAAAUGCCCAGUCUUUCGCGCAAUGGCAAUGGCUAUUGGUUGGAUGCCUCCUCCGGUGGCAUGGUAUGGCGCACAUCACCCUCUGGCGAUACGCUGGACUUGCAAAAGGAUCAAAUCGCCGACUAUGCACCGGUGUGUCUGACAAACGGCACGGUUGGUGUGAAUGGCGCUGGUGAUGGUGGAACUGGGAGUGGAGCUGGUGAACGCAAUCAACAAAGGAAUUCUUCGCCGGUAUUGUAG